AUGGCAUGGUAUUUACCAACAAAUCGAAUGAUAAUAUUUCGGGUUGAGAUUUUGCCCAUAGAGAGGUCUAGUUGCAUUAGACAAAAACAAGCUAAAACAAUUGCUAUUCAACGUCGUAUAAAUAAUCUUGGUCAACGAUAUUAUGAUGGUGCUAUUAGUGCUAUGGAAUACUUGAACGGUUUAUCAUUUACAGUUGCUAAACAGAAAAAAUGA